AGAAAAGGCAUAAGUUAAGGGAAUUAAAUAGCACAAAAUUAUUGAACAUAGAAAGAGAAGCUGCAAAAAUAGCCUUAUUCUUCUGAGAUCUAAAAUGAAGUUCUUGUUCCAGUGCCCCUGCUGCUCCUGCUUCUGCUUCAUGAAGCCAAAACAAGGGAAGCCCAAGAUCAAGGAAGAACCCAAGAAGGAGGUCAAAGAAACCAAGGUUGAAGAAAAGAAGGACUGAUACAUGUAACUCCAUUUCAUUAUUUCUUCUUCUUCUUCUCACCAACAUUAUAAGGAUGUGCUUCUUCUUCCUUUAAUUACUACUGCCAUCUCCCAUCUUGUUACUUUCAAACUCUACAAUGCCUUUGCAAAACUUCACUUUCUUCA